AUGGGGUCUGUAUGCACGCGGACGCUGUGUGUGGGGCCCUUCCCGCGCAACGUGGUGACCUCUGUGGCCGGCCUGUCAGCCCAGGACAUCAGCCAGCCCCUGCAGAACAGCUUCAUCCACACGGGCCAUGGUGACAGCAACCCCCGCCACUGCUGGGGCUUCCCCGACAAGAUCGACGAGCUGUAUCUGGGAAACCCCAUGGAUCCUCCUGACCUGCUAAGCGUGGAACUGAGCACCUCCCGACCCAGCCAGCUCCUAGGAAGGGCGAAAAAACCCGCCUAUGACCCUGUGAGUGAGGACCAAGACCCCUUGUCCAGUGACUUCAAGAGGCUGGGCCUGCGGAAGCCCAGCCUGCCCCGAGGGCUGUGGCUAGCGAAGCCCUCAGCCUGGGUACCCGGCACCAAGGCCGGCCACGGCGGCGGGGGCGAGGUCACGCUCAUAGACUUCGGCGAGGAGCCUCACCAGGAGCUCUGGGCCUUCCUCAACCUUCUGGAGGACAGUUUUCUCCAGGAAUUCCUCUCCAAAGACCCCUGUUUCCAGAUUUCAGAUAAGUAUCUCCUGGCCAUGGUGCUGGUUUACUUCCGGCGCGCCAACAUGCAGCUCAGCGAAUACACCCACAGCAACCUGUUCUUGGCACUGUACCUUGCAAAUGACAUGGAGGAGGACCUGGAGGACCCCAAAUGUGAGAUUUUCCCGUGGGCUCUGGGCAAAGGUUGGCGUCCUCGGGUCUCAGACUUCCUGCACCAGAGGGACAAGCUGUGGGCGCGGAUGGACUUCCGGGCCGUCGUGAGCCGCCAGUCCUGCGAGGAGGUCAUGGCGAAGGAGCCGUCCCACUGGGCCUGGACUCGGGAGCGGCGCCCCCACCAUGGUGGGGCACAGAGGGGCUGCCCAGAGGGUCCGGUCUCCCUCCCCCGGGGCCCCGGCCUCUCGCCACCCCCCUGUUCCCUCUGUGGCCUGCCCCCGUGCCGCCACCGGCUCUGCCGCCACUUGCCUGUGUCAUUCAAGUGCCCUUCCCGGACCCCUGAGUGUCGUGGCUCUCCCUCCCGAGUCUGUCUCUCGGUGGUUGAAGACCCCUGGGGUGGGGGCUUCCUCAUUGUCCUGCCCUCACAGCUGCAACUGGAGCCAGGCAUCUACACCCUCCACGUCCUCCGGGAGCCUCCGCUGUGCCCUGGGCCCUAGCACUCGGCGGGGUGAAGAGCCGCCGGCCUGCUGGCCCCUGCACCCAACGCUCCACUGGCUGUGCCCCGCCCCCCGUGGCCUCCUCUCUUGUUGGCUUCAGGCUGGCAGUGCCACCCACGCCCCCUGCCCCUUCCUCCCAACCUGCAACUUGUACCCACGCUGGCCCUGGCCCCCUCCAAUAAACUCGU